AUGGAGAAUAAGAUUGUCAGAAUAAAAGACCCAGAGAUGGGCCUUGACUUGCACGACACUAUGGAUACGGCUUCGUUACACGAAGACUCGAGAUCACACGGGGAUCAGAACGAAGACAGUAACGAUCACCACAUGGACGAUGAUUUGGAUCGUUCUCGUAAUGGGAGUUCCACAGUUCAUUCGCGGCAAUCCAAAGCUCUCAUCAACGAUGAAGAUGGUUCCACCUUUAUCAUCUUUGCGGUCUUGUUAAUUGCAACGAUUGUCUUUAUGGUUGCCAUUUACUUGAUUGUGAGAUCCAACCAAAUCAAGUUCUUAACAGAGUUGGAAGGGUAUUCCAGAGAAUUCAACGACAUUGCCCAAAUCAACAAGGAUAAUAUUUUUGGACAACUGCGGAGUGUUACCGUCGAAGUGACAUCCUUGAGUAUGGAUCAUAAGGCUGCUCCAAACAUCACAUUGCUAAAUUACGAUCGUCGGGCCUUGGACAUUGUGAAUGCCACGGGGAUUGACAUGGUCUUGUAUGUGCCAAUCGUAGAAGCCAGCCAGAAAGAAGAAUACGAGUCCUAUGCGGUUCAAUCACAGGGAUGGAUUGCACAAGACUAUUCGUACCGCGGAUUGGACGCAUCCAAUGUCGAGGCCAUUCCAGAACAGAUUUAUGAGUAUACCACUGAGAACAGCAAGCUAGAGGAUACGAAGAAUAUGUGGACCAUCCCCAAGGACGAGGCCUACCGAAGAGAAAUUUUGAUACAGUCAGGAUACAGAAGUGGUUCCAUUUCGGCUCCCAUUGCCCAAUACGGGCCCAGCCUAUCAAAUUCCUCACUGGCCAUGAUGGAUUUGUUCACGCAUCCGAUAUUUCAAAAAGAAAUGCUCGUCAGUCUGGAGCAUAAUCUUCCGGUCAUUUCGGAACCAAUGGAUUUUGAUUUCUUGUUGGACCAUGUCGAACCUCAAGAGAAUUCCUAUUUGAACAGGACCAAACGAAGUUUCAUUCUUGAUCCAGUCCGAGAAGGUUUCCAAGAGGAUUCCAAAAUUGUAGGAUUUGUCGUGGGAAUAGCGAGUUGGGAGAAUUUCUUCAAGAUUGUUCUUCCGGAAGGUGUUGACGGUCUAGAUGUGGUGGUGGAAAACACUUGUGAACGACCCUUUACCUUUGUGGUCAAUGGCGGCAAGCCAUCCAAGUUUUCACCAGGUGACAUUCAUGAUCGGAGAUAUAAUCCUUACAGCUACCGCUACGACUUUGGGGCCAAAAGUUCACUGGAUGACGAUACUAGUUUGACGCAAUACUGUUCCUACAGUCUUGCACUAUAUGGGACGGACGCCUUUCGAGAAAGCUUGGAUCUCAUUGAUCCUAGUGUGUGGUCCGGUUUGAUUGUGGUGGUCUUUGUAGUGAUUGCCGCCGGGUUCUUUACCUAUGACCUGUCCCGCCAAAAGAAACAAGACCAGACCUUGGAACAAGCCAAACGACUGGAAGCCAUCGUGACAUCCGUUUUUCCCAAAGAAGUGGGAUUGCGGCUGAUAGAACAAGCCAAUGAGGAAGCCUGGCAGCCGGCUUCGACAAGGAAGAGUCUGAAUACCUUUUUGGCCAAGAAUGGUGCCGGAUCUUCGAGGGAUUUGUCGGAACAACGGCGCAAGCCCAUCGCCGACUUGUUCCCCAACACUACCGUUAUGUUUGCCGACAUGGUGGGCUUUACGGCUUGGUCUUCGACUCGGGAACCAUCACAAGUCUUUAUAUUACUCGAGACGGUCUACAAUGAGUUUGACCUUCUGGCAAAGCAACAUAAGGUGUUUAAAGUUGAAACGGUUGGAGAUUGUUAUGUGGCCGUUUGCGGUUUGCCAGAGCCAAAGAAAGACCACCCCGUUGUCAUGUCGCUAUUCGCUGCAGACUGUUUGGCAUCCAUGCACGUCAUGGUUCAAAGCUUGGAGGUAGAUCUUGGUCCCGAUACUGCCGACCUGAGCAUUCGAAUUGGUCUGCACAGUGGUCCAGUAACGGCAGGGGUAUUGCGGGGAGAUCGUGCAAGAUUUCAAUUGUUCGGUGACACAGUGAACACAUGCGCUCGCAUCGAAACUACAGGGGAAAGGGGCAGGAUUCACAUGUCGAAAGAUACAGCAGAUCUAUUGACUCAGAUGGGGAAGAGUCACUGGAUCUUGCCAAGGAAUGACAAAGUCUAUGCAAAAGGAAAGGGGGAAAUGCAAACUUACUGGCUACGACAGAUCGAGACAGGCAGUGGCCCAUCCAUGAAGGCCAACAAUUUGUCAGAAUCCGAGCGUGAUGAAGGCACUGUCAAGGAGGUUGGACCAAAGCGACGAUUGUCAUUUGAAGGCAAGAUCAAGCGAAAGCCCCAAGAUCUUUCCGAAAAGAAAUUUGAGCGCCUGGUCAACUGGAAUGUUGACGUACUGAAAACUCUUCUUGUACAAGUUUGUGAACGAAGAAAACUAGUCGGAACACAACCAGAGGAUCCCACAGUAAUCAAGGCUGUCGAAGCCGAUCUAUCAACUCCCGUUUCAGAAGGUGGCACUGCGGCCUUUGAUGAAGUGGUCGAAUCCAUUGAGAUCGCCACCUUCAAUGCAGAAGCAAAUCGAAGGGGCAAACAACGGCACGAGUUGAGCUCCGAGGUGCAGUCGGAACUUCGCGAAUACGUCAAACUCAUGGCGAGGAUGUACAAUGAUAAUCCCUUUCACAAUUUUGAGCACGCUAGUCACGUCACGAUGUCCGUGAUGAAACUGCUGAGUCGAAUCGUCGCUCCUGACAUUGAAGGCGACGAGUCACAGUUGCACGAUCACACAUAUGGAAUCACCUCCGACCCGUUGACUCAUUUCGCUGUGGUAUUAUCAGCCUUGUUGCAUGAUUUGGAUCAUUUGGGUGUUCCCAAUGGCCAGCUUGUCAAAGAAGUACCAGAGCUAGCUCGCAUGUACAAGGACAAGAGUGUGGCAGAGCAAAAUUCCAUCGAUAUUGCUUGGGCACUGUUGAUGGAGGAUCGGUUUGAAAAUCUUCGCCGAUCAAUCUACUCUACCACAGCAGAACUUCGUCGUUUCCGACAGCUGGUGGUGAAUACAAUCUUGGCGACAGACAUCAUGGACAAGGAUCUCAAAGCCUUGCGAAAUGCCAAAUGGGAAAAGGCAUUCUCGCAAGACGCGACCCUCAUGGAUGGCCGUAUGAUAGGUAGUGCGAAGGAAAUCAACAAUCGCAAGGCAACAGUUGUCAUCGAACAUUUGAUCCAAGCGUCCGAUAUUGCACAUACCAUGCAGCAUUGGCAAGUCUACCGCAAGUGGAACCAACGGUUGUUUAGGGAGAUGUACAGAGCAUACCAGGAGGGCCACGCCGACAACGAUCCAUCGGAGGGAUGGUACAAAGGAGAGAUUGGUUUCUUUGAUUUCUAUAUCAUUCCAUUGGCCAAGAAGCUUGACGAGUGCGGAGUAUUUGGAGUGUCAAGUCACGAGUAUUUGAACUACGCCGAGCAGAAUCGCAGGGAAUGGGAGAAGCAGGGUAAAAGCGUGGUGGCGAAGUACAUGAAGGAAAUAAAGCAUGAGCACGAAAAGGUCCUGCUAGAAAGGGAACUUUAA